UCCAAGAUGGCGGCUGUCAGGCUGCAUCAGAUGGAAUACUUUUUACAUGGUUCUAUCAAUAAAAAGAAUGUCGAAAAUCUGCUGUGUAGACUCAAGGGACUUUGUGACAAUACCUCACAUGAACGUGACAAGUUUUCGGAUCAUGAAAUCGUCUAUUCAUUACGUAACAAUCCACACCUAGUCACACUAAGGGCAAGGCACUCCUUGGUAGACACUGCUGCUCCUUGGUUACUGCGUUAUGUUGGUCAAGCAGAGAUGGGUGACAAAAGCAGAGCAACUCUUUUGCGUAGCUGUGUAGAAGUUGAAACUAGCGAUAACCUUUCUGCUUUCUUAGAGGAACUUGGAUUUAAAUUUGAUUAUGAAUUUGUAUUAUCUGGGUAUUAUUUUUACAAAGGACACAUAAAAAUCACAGUCAGCCAAGUGUUUAGGCUGCCUGUGGUUGGUGACAUGAGCAGUAUGCAGUUAGCAUCUGAAUCUUAUCUUGUUGAAAUAGGCCUAACAACAGCAGUUCAACAGGACUCAGUUGCUGAGGACAUCAAAGCUUUUGCAGAACAUUUAAAACCUCUUGUUCACUUGGAAAAAGUUGAUCACAGGAAGUUGUUACUGAUGUCAUGACAAAAAAGACACCAUCAAUGAUAUUGUAUAACUUCACUUGGACAACGUUGGUCACUGGUGCAUCACAUCACUCAAGGAAGGUUGGUUGCUGAUAGUAGUAUAACAGACCCCAAUGACAUCAUACAGUGGAAUGUUUGCUAGUUUCAGUAAGAUACGUCAUGAUGUAUAGUGUAAUUUUUCACUGAUAAAAUGUCACUUGCCUAGUGAAUAUGAACACCUGAAGCCAUAUCAUGCCRGCCUUACUGUAUAGUGGGUUUAUGAAGGUAGUUUUGAGAUAUAGUUCAGUGGAUUGUGCUACUUGAAACUACGAAAAUUACUUGGUAAGAUAGUAUAGUUGUAGUACUUGGAAGGUGAAGUGAAACUAGGUCUUGUAAUAUUACACGUGAGAUUAGAUGAUGAGGUGUUAUCAAUAACAUAUAUCACAUCAUCGGAUUGUGUAAAUGAAAUGGAAAAAAUGAAUAAAGAAAAGAUGAAAUAA